UGGAUGUCCAGCAGGCGGAAGACUUUUCGUGUGUGCACACUCCACGGGAUGCUUCAUGUUUCAUCUGGUUCGGAUAAUAACUGUUACUCAUAACGAUCUUUCGUGCUAUGGGAUGAAAACCCGCUGUGGUUAUAGUUCUGAAACCAUGAUAGGAUGAGGCGAACUGGAGAUACAGCUGUGCGUUACAUUAAGCUAACGGAUGCUAACGUUAGCGGCUAGCUGCAACUGUUGUUAUGAAAGAAAAAAUGACAGCUACGAGGGAAAAGAUGCUUAAAAGAGGAGCAAGGUGUAAUACAAGUGUAAACUGCACACGGGGUCAGUGAGGAUGUCACAGCUGGCUGAGAUUCACCCACUGACCCAGCAGGUACAAUCCAGGUAGAAAAGAAACAGGAGCCAUGAAAGGAGGGGGCAGGGCAGAGUGUGCAGACGAGGCUCUGAUUGAGGACCCGGACUUUCCCUCUGACGACACGUCCCUGUUCUUUGACAGCUCCACGCCCAUUGCCAGGCUCCAGGGACGCGUCACCUGGCGGCGCCCACAGGAGAUCUGCCAGUCACCAGUUCUCUUCUCUGACAACAUCAACUUGGGUCAUGCUAAACAAGGCUUAUUAGGGGACUGCUGGUUUCUCUGUGCCUGCACCGUCCUGCUCAAGAACAAACAUCUGCUUAACAAGGUGUUGCCCCCAGACCAACCCCAGUGGGGUGACAGCAGGUACAGGGGGUCCUUCCAGUUUCACUUCUGGCAGCAGGGACACUGGACUGAGGUGACCAUCGAUGACCGCCUGCCCUGUAUUAAUUCCACUCUCUGCUUCUCACGCUGCCACUCUCCCACUGCCUUUUGGAUAGCCCUGUUGGAGAAGGCCUAUGCCAAGCUUCAUGGCUCAUAUGAGCGACUGUGGGCAGGGCAGGUGUCUGAGGCCCUGGUGGAUUUGACUGGUGGCCUAGCAGAACUCUGGAGCUUGGGAGACUUUGGGUCAGAUGAAGAGCAAAGACCAGAACAGGACAGCGACCAGGUCAGGAGGAGAAGGCUGGACCUGAACCUUCUGGACCCUGUGAAGGAUGACUGUGUGCUGAGCUGCUCCACUCACAGCAGCCCUGGAGGUGCCAGUGAGCUGGGUCAGUACCAUGCUCUCACUGUCAUGGAGUGGUUGGAUGUGAAGAAGGUGUCAGGGAGUGAAGUACGGCUACUCAGGAUCAGAAACCCUUGGGGAAGAUGCUGCUGGGGUGGGGCCUGGAUAGGGAGUGGUGCAGGCUGGAGCUCUGUUGACCCCUCCUGUGCUUCAGAGCUACAGGCCAGGGUGGCUGAGGGUGAGGUCUGGUUGGAUGAGGCUGAAUUCAUGUCCCAGUUUGAUGAUGUCACAGUGGGCUACCCCAUCAGUGAGGAGGGACACCUAAAGAGCAUCUAUACUGGAAGUCUGCUAAAACACAGCCAUCAGCUGCCCGGCCGGUGGAUGAAAGGGCACUCGGCGGGUGGUAGCCGAAACAGCAGCAGCUAUGGUACCAACCCCAAGUUUUGGCUCAAAGUGAGUGGGAGAGGAGAGGUUCUGGUAUCCCUGCUGCAGCAUAGGAAGUGGAGAGUCACAGAGAAAUAUGCACAAACGCCACUCGACGACAGCAAGAACACAAAGCACCAGCACUACCAGGCUACUGCUCUACACAUGUGGAAGGUGGAGAAGAAGCGUUUUAAUCUGAGCAGGCUGUUGAACAAACCUCCUUGUGCUUCUACUCACUGCCACGCCUACGAGAGAGAGGUGGUCCUCCACGGGCAGCUGGAGCCCGGAUACUACCUGCUGAUCCCCAGCACCUACCAGCCAGGAGCCGAGGCCCGCUUUCUCAUCAGGGUCUUUUCCUCCUCCUCCAUAUCCCUUAGUGCCCUGAAAAGCCCAGCACCUUCACUGCCAUUAACAACAGAUGGUGAGUGGGAGACCAGUUACUUCCGGGGCUCGUGGGUGGAGGGAAGGACGGCCGGAGGAAGCAGGAACUUCCUGUCUCAUUGGCAGAACCCCUGCUUCCCUUUUAUAGUAUGUGACGACCCAACGGUGACAUCAGGAGUUAAUGUCAAGAUUACCCUGCACCAAAGCCGCCCUGACACUGAUCUGUACCCUGUUGGCUUCCAUGUUUAUAAGGUCCCAGACGGGGCAUCUGUGCAGACAAUCCCCAAGGAUGAGGAUCCCGUGGCCAGUUGCGUCCCCCAUUGUUACACGCAGGAUGUCAGUCUGGCCGUCAGUCUUCCUCCUGGAGCUUACGCCAUAUUGCCGUCCACUUAUGAGCCCGACUGCUCGGCAAACUUCACCCUCAGCCUGGCUCGCAGAAUACACAGGAAGGUGAUGAAAAGUCAGGAGAGGCUGGGGAGAGCUAUUCAGGAGGUCUCUCACAUCUCUGUGAUGCAAAGCUAGUUCUCUGGGACUGUUGCUGCUCCACUGACGUCGGCUCACCUCCCUGUGCCUCUUGGCCCACGAUGAAAGAACCAGUUCUCCCAUCCACCCUCAUCAUGCAGGCUGUGUGUGUGUGUGUGCGUGCGCAUGUAUGUGUAUCAUGAGUGGCUCUAGAAGGCAGGCAGAUAGAAAGAUUUAGUGGGAAUGUGUGUGUGUCGGGAAUCCUAGAAACCCCUUUAUCCUGAACCACUGAGGCUCAGGGUUGAUGGGCAGCCACACACUCAUGGGCGAUUAGGACAUCAGAGGUUGUCGGUGGGCUGGGCUGCUAAUGAAGUAUGACGGGACUGGCUGGUGUAAACAAACAGCAGCCAUUGAAGAGGGCCGCCACUGCUCUUGCUCAUUCACUCACUGGUGCGCCUGCCGGCCCGGAACAAAGGGUCCUCUCAUGAAGGUCCUCACAGAGGCACAGGGGGCAAGGGGUGAGGGGAUGGUCUCCGCCAGCAGAGCCAACCAAACCACACCACACCAUACCGUGCCAUACCAUACCAGAGCUUUUCUCCAAUCCCUCAUCCCCAGACAAUCUGCUUCUUAGCUAGCUGGCAUUUUUUUAUGCCUGGGCACAGACAUAGGGCUCUCUGGAUCCCUCAUCCACAAACCCAUUCAGCAUCCUGACUAACACUAAAUUCAAGCUGGACCUAAAGAAGUCCACUUAGCUCCUGACUCCAUCCCCCCACCCCCACCUCCCCUUGCGUUCCCCUAGACUCGGUCCACGGCCCUGCUUGGACCUGAACACAGCCGCUGUUUGAAGUGUCCGCAAGAACUGAUGACAAGCGGAUGAGUGGAAGGGAUGAAAUGAGGGAUGCAGCACAUCAGAGGAAGCCGGGUUCAUAUGAAGAAGCCGCCAGUCCUUUUUGUGUUGAGGCUGCGAAUGUGUGGCGUUGUGUGUCUGCCUGCUCAUGUCUGUGUUUGCAGAAGUCACAGGGUUUCUGAUUAUUCACUGAAGCCAGAUUUAACAGAGUUUUAAAAAGCUGUGCUGUGUUUUAUUAGGUUGGGGAGAUGAGAUAUGAUGAAUAAAAUGUUAAA